AGUCCAUAACAGGGCUGCAGCUGUCUGAGAGCAACAAUAACAAGCUGUACCAACUAGUUCACCGCGGCUCUGCCGGACCUGACAGCGACCACAACCACCAAGACCCGCACCAUGAAGCGGGCACACUGAGUCCGGGAUCCCAGCGUCCGUCCUCCAGCUUCAGAACCGGGUCAGCUCUGUCCUCUGGUUCUCAGAAAGGCUCGGCCGCAGGGGGGGCAGAGCGGGGCUACAUCUGGGUCAGUGGGCCUGUCGGUGUCUGUGACGGAGUGUUCGAUUCCCCCGCAGUGUCAUCCGCUUUUACACACAUCUGGACCCUGUUCUAGCCCGGGAACAUGCAGGCUAACGGGGCCGGACAGGACCGGGACCGGGACUCCGAGCUGUCCUGUAGAAACGGGGCUCAGAACGGAGAGUCCUCGUCCUCGUCCUCCGCCGGACCAGCUCAUUCCAACGGGCUGCUGUCAGCCUCCAACAACAACAACAACGGGGUCCCGGUCCAGCCCGAGUCCAACAACAGCAGCGGCCCGGCGGAGGCCAGCCCGGGCCUGAAGAAGAAGAAGCGGCUCUCCCAGUCCGAGGAGGACGUGAUCCGGCUCAUAGGACAACAUCUACACGACCUGGGGCUCAAUCAGACGGUGGACCUCCUGAUGCAGGAGUCCGGCUGCAGGCUGGAGCAUCCCUCUGCUACCAAGUUUCGUAACCACGUCAUGGAGGGAGAGUGGGACAAGGUGAGUGCUCUGAUGAUACUGAAAUCAGGUGGAUUCAGCAGCUGUGAAUUCAUUCUCUGUCAUCUGUCUGUUCAGGCUGAGAGUGACCUGAACGAGCUGAAGGCCUUGAUGCAUUCUCCCAGUGCCAUCGUGCGGAUGAAGUUCCUGCUGCUGCAGCAGAAGUACCUGGAGUACCUGGAGGACGGGAAGGUUCUGGAGGCACUGCAGGUCCUUCGAGCUGAGCUCACUCCUCUGAAGUACAACACGGAGCGGAUCCACAUCCUGAGCGGGUACCUGAUGUGCAGCCAUGCAGAGGACCUGAGAGCUAAAGCAGAGUGGGAGGGAAAAGGCACGACGUCCCGAACAAAGCUGCUGGACCGACUGCAGACGUAUCUGCCUCCGUCCGUGAUGCUGCCUCCUCGCCGCCUGCAGACUCUGCUGAAGCAGGCAGUGGAGCUGCAAAGGGACCGCUGUCUGUACCACAAUACCAAGCUGGACGGGGGUCUGGACUCUGUAUCCCUGCUGCUGGACCACGCCUGCAGCCGGAAACAGUUCCCGUGUUACACACAACAGAUCUUGACUGAGCACUGUAACGAGGUCUGGUUCUGUAAGUUCUCCAAUGACGGCACCAAACUGGCGACCGGCUCCAAAGACACCACUGUGAUCGUGUGGCACGUAGACACGGAGACCCAGCAGCUGAAGCUGUUGAAGACUCUGGAGGGACAUGCGUACGGGGUCUCCUACCUGGCGUGGAGUCCUGAUGAUGCGUACCUGAUCGCCUGCGGUCCUGAUGACUGUUCCGAGCUGUGGCUGUGGAACGUUCAGACGGGGGAGCUUCGUACAAAGAUGAGUCAGUCUCAUGAGGACAGUCUGACCAGCGUGGCGUGGAACCCCGAUGGCAAACGCUUCGUCACUGGAGGGCAGAGAGGACAGUUCUACCAGUGUGACCUGGACGGGAACCUGCUGGACUCGUGGGAGGGGGUCCGGGUGCAGUGUCUGUGGUGUCUGAGCGACGGCCGGACCGUCCUGGCUUCAGACACCCACCAACGCAUCCGAGGGUACAACUUUGAGGACCUGACAGACAGAAACAUCGUGCAGGAGGAUCAUCCCAUCAUGUCUUUCACUGUCUCUAAAAACGGACGGUUAGCUCUGCUCAACGUGGCCACUCAGGGAGUUCACCUGUGGGACCUGCAGGACCGGGUGUUGGUGAGGAAGUACCAGGGUGUGACCCAGGGCUUCUACACCAUCCACUCCUGCUUCGGAGGACACAACGAAGACUUCAUCGCCAGUGGAAGUGAAGACCACAAAGUUUACAUCUGGCAUCGGCGCAGUGAGCUGCCCAUCGCCGAGCUGACCGGUCACACCCGAACAGUCAACUGUGUGAGCUGGAACCCCGUCCUGCCCGGACUGCUGGCCAGCGCCUCUGACGACGGGACCGUCCGGAUCUGGGGACCCGCCCCCUUCCUGGACGUCCAGGAUGCAGAAGGACUCAAUGCAGAAUGUUGCAGCAUGGACAGCUGAUGAGCCGUUACCCUGGUGACCCUGAGGAGCAUUGAGACUCUUUAAACACUUGAAACCGUGGGGGAGGCUCUGGUGAUUGGACAGCUGCUUCCUGUCGGGCGGGGCCUUUGGUGCAGGUGAAGCUGUGCUCCACCUCCAGCAACUGACUCACCUCUCCUCCUAUGUGGACCCUCAGCCCACUCCUGGACCCCCACCUUCCCCCCUCACCUUUAUUUAUUAUCAGCUGUUAUUUAUUGAUGAGGAGUUCACUGACCGUGGGAGAUCUGUGUUCUGUCUGAAGAACUGUCCCCCACUCUGAACCUUUGAAGAGAUUUAAACUCCAGGAGCGUGUGAUGGAUGUAACCUUGCUGAGUCUCUGCAGACUCUGACCCUCUUUAGAUGUAGAAUCAGAGUUUAUGAGUUCUCUUUUCUCAAAGAGAGUUUAGUAUUGAUGAGCAUGUUGCACAGACAGGACGACGUGUUGACUACACUCUGUGUGUCUCACGUAGAGUGAUACAUGUUUGGUUGAGUGUACAGCAGCUGAUGUGUGAUAAAUAUGAAGUUUAAAGGAUUACCUGUCGGUCCUCACCUGUGCACACCAUAGUGCAUAUUCCUUCAUAAUGUCACACCUCUAACCCGUCUCUCUGUUUCCUCUCUGCACACCUCCAAGAGACUCUUUGGUUUAGUUGUUACAUGUUCAGACUUUAAUUUAUCACAUUAAUUUAAUUUCUUGUAACAGUGAAGGACUAAACUGAGCCCAGAGAUCACCUCUCAAUAUUUCAAACAUAAGGCCGCUGUUCUUCUGUUUCAUAUCGUCAACAAAUCCCAGUGACAAUCGAAACCAGCAGAAAGUCGCUCUCUGACUCACAGAUCAAAGUUUAAUAUGUUGGAAAUAAAGUCAGAGUGAAGGUUAGGAGUAACUUUCAGAAGUAGUAAAAUAAAAUUAGGUGGUAGAUGUUUCACUUUUCAGCUUUGUCCUCAAAAUGUAAAUUUAAAAUGUUUCCUUUGUUGUUUGUUGUUGAUCCACUGGUGCUACUGAACUCUACAAACACACCUGAAGUGAACGCUAACAUCUAAAGCUCCAGUAAGGAGUUUUUAUGAAAUACUGGAACUAAUAUAAAAGCCUCUUUAUGAUCUGCUCAAGCAAACAAGAACAUUCACACCCAGAUAUUUCUAUACAGUCAUUUCUAAAGCACGACACAGCUGAACCACUGCUCACAUAUCAGUAAAGAGAUUACAGUUAGCGCUUUGUCCAAAGGGGGCACCAGAACCACACAGACCUCCUCACAGGAGCUUUUCUAUUAAACAGGAUAAACAGGGACUACUUUCAGCAGUGGAUGAAUACAUGCGGUUAGAACGUUGGAUUUGUUGACUUUAAGAAACAAAGAGGAUCACCUGAAUGAUCCUUCAUGGUGUCAAACAGAAGCCUAAAGAUGGAGGUCGCCAUGUUGGAAAUGCUGACUCAGCUGACUUCCUGUUGAUCAGGACAAAAAUACUUUUACGGGAUGAUGUUUUAACACCUCCGGUUUGAUAUUAAAACUCAUAACUUAAGGACCAGAGGAGUCGCCCCCUGCUGGAAGUCAGAGGGAGUGCAGGUGGGGGGUUCAUAUCCCGUCUUGCAGUCGAUGGUCAGUAGAUGUUUAACCGCAGGGCUCAGUAACGAUGGUUGGUUUCUGUUACAGGUGAGAACACAUUUGUACACAGGUGUAACAUACAGGUAUUAUGAAUUUGUACAAAGUGUUUCAGAGUAAAUGAACUGUGUUGCCUGACAUCCAGUUUCUGUACAUGUGCUGUAUCUCUCCAUGUUCUGGCAUGUAUGGUGUUCACACGGCGGGCAGGAGGACGCCAGGGUUCAGGGUUCCCACACCUGCUUUUUACAACAAACAGCUUUGUACCAAAACCUCUGACUGCACUGAACAAGAAACACACACACACACAUCUGUCACCUCAGCCUCUCCUCAUAUUGACACUGUUAUGUUUCCUAAACGUCUGCAGGAGUGUCUGUGGGAACCCUGCUCAUCUGCCCGACACCAUCACAGCCGUCACAGACACAUGCCAGUGCUACACACCAAUAGAUGUCCCUCACACACACACACACACACACACACACACACACACACACACACACACACACACACACACACACACACACACACACACACACACACACACACACACACACACACACACACACACACACACACACACACACACACACUGAUGUCACAGCUGUGGUGUUUCUAGUUUCUGCUUCUGUGAUUUCCUUUAGUUUGAGUGUUUCCGGCUUCUUCUUCUUCUUCUUCUUCUUCUCUUCUUUUCUUCUCGCUGUAAGGAGCCAAAGUAGGAACUCUCGUUUGCUUGCAGGCGGUUUCUGCCACAAACCGUUUUAUAUUUUAAAUGUUAUUAAACCAGUGAUUGUACUGUUCUGUAUCGUUAUGUAGGACAAGUGUUAUGUAUGCAUAUUUUAAAUAAAGCAUUCAGGGGUUUAAAGUGUC